ACGUCUCUCUGUCCCGAACUAUAACGUAUCUCGGCGAAAAGUUUUUCAACUAAAAACAUUCGCUUUGACAACAGGUGACCCGCUAUUGUGCUAAAAACUUUUCUGUCUCCUCGCGAGACGCCACGUUCGAAAAAACUCUAAAGAAUGUCACUCUAUGUCCGAGAACAAUUAGAUCGUAAUUUAAAUACGAAGGCAAGCGGUUGGAAUUGAGAUAACCAUUUUCUUGAGUAAGCACUUAUUAGUUAGUAGCUACGAAUAGUGCAAGUUGGGAAAUGUGAAUUUCUUCUGGAAAAACAUCCGAUUAUAUAAUGGACGAGAACGCGCCUGGUUCCGGAGAACUUCAACAUCACGAUAUCGGGCAGAUGUCCUACGAAGAGCUGAAAAAUCUUAUGUUGAAGAAUAAUAUUGAGAUACACGAUGACGAUGACGACGACGUACGACAGAACUAUACUCUUAGUGAAAUUACAGAAUUUUGUAACAGUUUUUACGAGAAUGAAACUUCUGUGUUACGCGAAAAAUAUCCAGGUGGAUUUUGUGAGAGUGUAUAUGACACUAUUUCCUGUUGGCCACCAACCCCUUAUAAUAGUACAGCGGUUAUUAGAUGUUUUAAGGAAUUUAAUAAUAUUAGAUAUGAUGAUAAAGAAAAUGCUUCCAAAGAUUGUCUUAGCGAUGGUAAUUGGGCUGAAAAAGCAAACUAUUCCAAAUGUAAAGAAAUAUUAAUUAUACCCCCAGAAGAUGAGGAAACGAUAGCUUCAUCAAUGAUUUACUGCGUUGGAUAUUCAGUCAGCCUGGUUGCUUUAGUUAUAGCAAUUGCUAUUUUCCUCUAUUACAAGGACUUGAAAUGUCUGCGGAACAGGAUCCACACGAACCUGAUGUGCGCCUACAUGUUGCUGUAUUGUACCUGGAUUUUAAUGCUGGUGCUUGGAACGCGACAUGAAAGUACAGCGUUAAGCAUAUCAUUAACGAUUACACUGUACUAUUUUCAUCUCACCACAUUUUUCUGGAUGUUCGUAGAAGGCAUGUAUCUAUAUAUCCUUGUGGUACAAACGUUGAGAAGGGAAAAUUUUAAACUUCGUUAUUACGUCUGUAUAGGAUGGGGUUUCCCAUUUAUUAUCGUUUUAGUGUGGGCUAUAACAAAGGCAGUGUUAAUUAUAGGAAGUUUAAAAGAAGCUGGUGGUUUCACUUGGAUGACUUGGAUGGCGAUCGAUUGGAUAUUUCAAGGUCCACCAGCAGGCGUCCUUUUAUUAAACCUAAUCUUUCUCAUAGCCAUCAUGUACGUUCUUAUUACAAAACUAAGGUCAGCAAACAAUGCUGAAACAAAACAAUACUGGAAAGCGGCCAAAGCUCUCCUAGUUUUAAUGCCCUUACUUGGAGUUACUUACAUAAUCACAAUAUCAGUUCCAACAACUGUUUUUAAUUACAUAAGGGCUGUGCUACUUUCGACACAGGGAUUUAUGGUAGCUCUAUUCUAUUGCUUUUUAAACACCGAAGUUCAAAAUACCGUACGACACCACUUCGAAACAUGGAAAACCUCCAGAUCUUUAGGAAGACGAAGAAUGAGAUUGGGGAGUAGAAGUAAAGAUGGUUCUCCAAGGUCUAGAACAGAAAGUAUACGGCUGUAUUGUCAGCCGUUAUACAAGAGGGAAUCCUGUACCUCAGAAGUAACGACAACAACGGUCGUUACCGUAAACGGGGGAAGAUCUUCGAACGGCAGUCAUUCCCAGAGGAGUCCUUUUCUCCAGCUCCCCAGACAAAGUUAUACCGGUAACGUGUAAAAAAUUUUAUCAUCCGAUCUCCGCUUUGAGAGAAAAAAGCGAACCCAACCCUCAGGGUCGAUAAGAAAAACUCCGACUACCAAGAAAGAAAAACGAUUAACACCCGUAAAUAUCAGUAAACUUAUCUGAAAAAAUUUUUCGUGUCGACUUGAAUAAGCAGUUGUUAUGCAAACUGCUAUUUUGGUACUUAGUUUAAACAACAUACAUAGUGAUAAUGUAUGGUAAUGUAUGUACGUUUUCACGCGACACCAGACAAAAGCAGCCUCAUUCAGUAAAGAUUUUCUCCUCUAUUGUCAUUAGUUCGUGUCAGGGAAAUAUUUUAGGUGAAUUUACGUCCUACGAAAAUCGUAAAAAAAGGUAUACCUACACACCCUGAGACAAAAGGGGAACAGUCGCAAAUUGUCUCGUAAAAAUUCUUACGUUACCCGUCGGCACUCGACGAACCUUCUCUUUCUCCGUUUCUUUACAUCCCUACAGCCAUCUAAGUAAGUAUAGUUGAAGUUUUCUUCAAAAUAAUGCAUUCGAUUUCAGUACGAGUCUGUACGAAAAUAUACAUUGAAAAUAUUGAACUAAAAGAAAACUAAUAAAUAAAUUUAAAAAUAUAUAAAAAAUAUGAUUGAGUUAUUUACCUGAAUUCGAACUUUCUAUCUGUAAAAUAUUCGUCAAAGAGUGGUGAAGUCAACGCUGAAAUCUUGUGUGACGACAGCAACAAACUUUUCCCUUGUUUUUCCACCUACUUCACAUGCCGAUAUCUUAGUCGUCUUUAAAGAUAGCGAAAUUAAAUAUACCACUAGAAAGUCUGAUCUUUCCUUCGUCUAAAACUUUUGGCUCCGGUCGAUAACAAGAGUGGAAGAAAAUAAAGCCUUGUACAGUCCUUAUGAAACCGAAUUAAAAAAGAAAAUUUAUUAAUUUGAAAAGGACACACUUUUGGGUAUCUAAAUCCAACUACGAAAUUUUUAAUCCAUUUCUUUUUGUAAAAGCAGCCUUACCGACGUGUUUUUGCCCCCAUUCAACCACUUUCUGGAUAAUAACUUGCGGCAGUCUGCUGAGCAUACUGAUCAUCGAGAUUCCUCUAUAAUCUCAACAGAUCUUCUUAUCCCCUUUCUUGUGGAUUGACGAUACAUUCUCAUUUCUGGACAUAAAAGCUCUUAAGAGUAUUUGUUUUUUUUCAAGAAAUUCUGGUCUCCUCAUGAUCGGCUGAAGCAGACAUUUCCAUCAAUUUCAAAUUGUAAAGGCUGAGACGAUUUUAAAUUUGUCGAACUAACCCUUGCUUGCGACAAAUGGUUUUUGUUCAAUAUUUGAUGAAGAGUGUACACAUUUCAUAAAAUUGUCAUAUAGCUUUGUAGCUUUAUCUCUAAUGAGUUUAGAGCUUAGAAUGGCUUUUUUUAGUUUGAUCCUCAAUCUGUAAAAUCAACGUGUUUUCAAUUUUUUCUAUAGGUCCUUUUCUAGAAUAUCUGCUAAAUUUUGAAGAUUCACAAACUGAAAAUUUUACACUUUUCGAAUUUUGUCUUCAUUUUCACGAAUAGUUCUUAUAUAAGAUUCGUUAACAUUAUUUUUUCUAGCUGCUUCUGCUAAAGUCAUUCUUUUAUGCAGGUCGCACAUUUUUGUAAAAGUGAUAACACUUUUCUCGAUCGUUUAGAAUUUAUUAUAUUGAAAGUUCUGGUGAGAAAACCGCAUAAAAGUGAAUCAACCACCUUAAAUCUUUAACCGCGUAAAUGAAGGGACUACCGUACUUUCCAUUGCAUUGGAACUUCUUCUCCUUUCGGGCACUGAUUAAAUAAUUGUGUUAUUAUUUCAAAUAAAUUGUUUGUUUCAUUUUCAACAUCUCUACCGCUAUUCCUUCUGGACCACAUCUCUGUCUAUUUCUACGGCUACAAACUCCACCAAUUUUUCACCACUUUCAUUUAUACUCACACGGUCAAGACUCUAUGCGAUGGUAUACAUAUACAGGGUGUCUCAGCGAGACCGGUCAUCAGACGUUUCUGGGGU